GCUAACAGGCCGCGGAACGAAUCUAUUGCCCUUUAUCCGAAUAAAAAACAAUCAAUCUAUCACCGAUCAACGGUGAUGAUUUUUGGAGAGCAGCAGCUCGAGGCGUUUACAGCAACCGAAGGGCACGACGAAGAGUUGGUUUAAUUACACUGCUCCAGAUUUCCUUCCUUCGCUCGUUUAAAUUCAACUCGUUUGCCUCGCCUAAAGCCAUACUUCGAGUUGGUUGAAUGGCACUAAAACAUUGCCGAAGAGACGGCACCGUUGCGCACCAGUAAAACUCCAGUCUAGACGCUGCACACGCGAAGUUGCUUUCUUGCGCAGAUGAAGUCGUUGCACUGAGCACGCAGUCGCAUUUAAAUUUCUCGCGGCUAUCGGGCAACAUCUUAUUGCUCUUCAGUACAUAUUUUUGGUGGUGUAUUCUGGUGUAUUUUAGUUGGUGUAUUGCAUGGCCUGGUAAACCUAUAAGUCCCGGUAAAGUGCCAAAGUAACGCACAUCGCCCCGUAGCGCUGCGACGAUGAAAGAUUUUAGCUGGGUCACACUGUGCCUACUGCCGCUGCUCCCGUUGACGGCGCUGGCUCCAACGCUGGUAGAGUGCCGGCAGGAGUACUACUACACCUACCAGGACACGUACGACGACGAUCUGUCGCUCUGGAUCAACGAGCAGCAGGUGAAGAUCUUCAGUGGCGUCGCAAUGAAGAUCUACGCGAUCGACAACGGGCGCGUCUCGCCGCACAUACGCGACCCAAACUUCAGCCAGUACCUGCCGGUGAUCCCAUCCGAAGUCAGCAGCGUCAACUUUACCUGGAAGGCAGGCUCGAAGAAGUACUACUACAACUUCGACCGGCUGAUGUCGGUCGACGAGAACAUUCUCAAGCCGCCCACGAUCUCGAUCAAAACGUCCGGCCGGGUACCGAAGAAUGGGAAGGAGUUCAGUGUGAUCCUGCCAUGCUCCGGUAAUGUGUCGGGCAUUGCAAUGUUCAGCAUUGGACUUCUGAUACAGACCCGGAAGGGCAAACCGCUCCCCGGCACGCCACUCCGUAUAAAACUGCGUAAGGAAUGUGCACAUAGAGGUGUGUAUGAAAGAACUUCUACUCUAACAUCUCCGCAAGGCCCCGAUCCGGAGUGCGACCAGAAGUGCGCCAACCGGGGCGUCUGCAACGAGGACAAGAUCUGCCAGUGCCCGGAGGGCUACAUGGGGCAGUACUGCCAGACCGCGCUCUGCUAUCCGCAGUGUAUGAACGGUGGAAACUGCACCGCACCCGGGACGUGCUCGUGUCCGCCCGGCUACCAGGGACGACACUGCGAAGGAGGAAUCUGUGCGGAGAAGUGCCUGAAUGGUGGCAAGUGCGUCCAGAAGGAUAAGUGCGAGUGCACGAAAGGUUACUACGGUUUGCGCUGUGAGUUCUCCAAAUGCGUCGUCCCUUGUCUGCACGAUGGCAAGUGCCGUGGGGUAAACAAGUGCCGCUGCAAGCCGGGCCUGAGCGGUGACCACUGCCAGAUCGGACGCUGGCAACGGUCCGCCUGCAAGAGACCGUGUAAGCACGGUAUCUGCCAGCGAAACCACACCUGCGAGUGCGAGAAAGGCUGGUACGGCCGCCUCUGCAGCCAGCGAGAGAAAAAGCAUCGCGACAGCAGGGAUGGUGGCAGCAGCAGCACCAAGGCCGCCAAGCAGCCAAAGGCCUAGGACGAACGCGGACACCGCCGCCGAUCAUUUUUGGGAGUGCUUUAGCAACGUAGUAAUGAAACAGUGAUAGUAAAAUUAAAAAGCAAGUCACACGGCUUCUUCAGUAUUGCUGCUACGGCUGCUACUGAAGAAAACCGAAGAAGUUCCUGGCAGUUUCAAAUCACGCCUCUUACCAACACCACCCCCCCUACAUACACUGGCACCGCACCGUGGAACAGCUGCGUACUUUCGAGAUCCCCGGUUACCGAAAGCUCCUGAAACAAGUCACACAACCGGCUACACCAGUACUGUUGGCUGGUGUAGGAUACUCUCACUACACUGUAACGUUUUUCAAUGCAUUCAUAGUACUUCAACGUGCUCUUAUACAUGUCGUGAAACUUUUUUGUACUGCAAUUUAGAUAUAUACUUUAGUUUGCAUAGCAUCGGGCAGUAGCUCUAGACUUCUACUGCAACUAUACUCGCCGCUUCUCAAAUUGUACCGUAUGUGUACCAAGUAUUAUACGAUAGGGAUAGCCAACCAACUAACGAUAGCGAUACGUCGCUAGGAAUCGGUCAAUUGUUUGACGCUUCUCGUUCUCCUAAACCGUAUUAAACGAAAUCACAACCCCCGAACUGAUUUGUCUUGCAGGUCGGGCGAAGGAAUGUCGCCAGCCGACUUAUGGACUUAGUAAUCAGUCGAGUAUUUGUGUUUUAAAAUAAAAGGAAA